GGCCUCUCCUCUGUCUCUGUUGUUGCUCUGCUGCGCGUUUCAUUCAAAGCAACGUUACCCAAAUCUCUCUCUCUCUCUCUCUCUCUCUGGCUGUUGUGUUGUGUUUUACCCUUUUCUCUUUUGUCUCAAAACAUACACACAUUUCUCACUCUCACUCGUCUUUCCCUCUCACUCCUUUUCACACAUAUAACGCACGUUUCUCUCUCCACAUCCUUGUUCUUCAUUGCCCUUCAGUCUCACACCUCGCUCUCCACUCUCCAUGUCUUGAAAUUCGCUCCCCAUUUUGUUCCAAUAUCUUGGCAUUUUCCCCAAAAUGUCUUUAUGUGAAUGAAUGCUUGCGUGUUUGGUGAGCCAAAAUCAUGAACUCACAGUUCCUGACACAUUUUUCUCUCGUUGCUGGUUAGUCUUGGAUUAGCAAUUCCUAGGGUUUGAUAGGCCGUGAAUGUGCGUAAGGUAAAAGAAGAUGGUAGCAGGUCCUGAUGCUAUCCGGAUGGAGGCUUGGAAUGUGGGUAAAUCAAAGGGAAAGAAGAACAAAGAUAGUGAAGAUGAUGAUCCUGGCUGUUGGAUGAAACUAAGGUUUAUUGGGGGCUGCAUUUCUUCGAAGCCUAAAGCUGAUAGUUCCUCAAGUGGUGCUAGCACACAAUAUGCGGAAAGUAAAUCUACUAAUGAUACGAGCAGAGACCCACCAGUUGUUCCAAUCGAAUCGUCUUCGACAACUAGCAACGCCGGAAGUACUCCUGCUACUCCUAAUCCAGUCGAGGAACUGAAAGUUGCUUCUCAGCUACGAAAGUUCUGCUUUAAUGAGCUUAAGUCAGCAACAAGGAAUUUCAGACCUGAGAGCCUUCUUGGCGAGGGUGGAUUUGGUUGCGUAUUUAAAGGUUGGAUCAAUGAGAAUGGAACUGGUCCUGUAAAGCCUGGUACUGGGUUGGCUGUUGCAGUAAAAACUCUUAACCAUGAUGGACUUCAAGGUCAUAAAGAAUGGCUUGCUGAAGUUGAUUAUCUAGGGGAACUCCUCCAUUCCAAUCUGGUUAAAUUGAUUGGCUAUUGCAUUGAAGAUGACCAGAGACUACUUGUUUACGAGUUUAUGCCGAGAGGAAGCUUGGAGAAUCACCUCUUCAGAAGGUCCCUGCCACUUCCGUGGACAAUCAGAAUGAAAAUUGCUCUUGGUGCUGCGAAGGGCCUUGCCUAUCUUCAUGAGGAAGCUGAACGACCAGUCAUCUAUCGUGACUUUAAAACAUCUAAUAUCCUAUUAGAUGCGGACUAUAAUGCAAAGCUUUCUGAUUUUGGACUUGCCAAAGAUGGUCCAGAGGGAGAUAAAACUCAUGUAUCUACCCGUGUGAUGGGAACUUAUGGUUAUGCAGCCCCCGAGUAUGUAAUGACAGAUUGCUGCUAGCUUUUCCACAUUAUCGUGGCUACUGUAUGAUGGAUAACCAUUGUCGAAAACUUUGAUGGAUACUUUUUCAGCACACAGGAUUAGAAAUUGAAUUUUAUAUUAGUUAAUUGCACUCUAAUAAAAGAAUUUUACAUUAAUUAAUGAGAUUUUCCUUAAUAGAUUAUUUUCUGGUUUGCUUAAUGUUGCAGUCUGUUUGCCUUUCUAAACCCAACAGUGAAACUCUCAAGGCACCAUCGAAUUCACAGCUUCUGAGAAUUAAAAAUGUCUCUCCUACAUUUUUUUUUUCCUUUUUUGUCCAAAUUUCUUCUGUUCCGUCUCAAAUCGUAACUUUUAAUUUUGACCUUUGUUCAUCUUCCAUCAUCUUGCCUCCAAUGUGACACUAUUUUCUUUCUGUUUUUUUUUUCCCUACAAUCCACUGUUUGGCUUAUGAAACUGCCAUAGCACGAAUCUUCUCAAUCUUAAUACCUCCUAUCCUAUCUUUUGGAAUUCCACCCCUAGGGCACUUCAUUCCUUCCCUGCUUCGGGCUUAUUAUGAGUGACUAAAGGCUUAGCCAAAUUCUUGAAACUUCACAGAGUUCACCACCAUUGUGGGUCUUGCAUCAGAUGCUGUUUCCUUUUUAUAUGUUGUUAGAGUUGAUUUCGUGUAAGAGGCACUUUGGUUGAAUCAAAGAUAAAUAUAGUAUUAAUUUUCCAUCCAAAGUUUUGUACUUAGCCUAUAAAAAUAUUGAUUCUCAAAAUCUUUUGAACUUCUAGUUUUUGGAAACGGUUUGCCUUACUAGAGUGUCAUCAUAAAUUAACAGCCAAAUAAAUCUUUGUCCCUUAAAACCAAAUCAAGUGUAAUGUAAAUUGAAAUUUUAGUGCAGCCAGCAUUUAGAUUCAUUUGCAAGUUAGCAUUUCCCUUCCUUCAGUUGUAAUUAGGGGAUGCGGAAAAUCAACAUUGUAAUUAUGGGAUUCGGAAAAUUAACAUUUAGAUUCAAUUGUCGCAUAAUGCUAUUCCAUUUCCAUUUCAUUAAGAUUGAAGUUUUCUUGUCCAAGAAUCUGUUUUGUGUAUCCACUGCAUAGAGGUUAUUAUUUAUUAUCGACAUUUUCUGCUAGCUCACAAUGCUAUUCGAAAACUUUUCCUUGAUCAAAAAUGUGUUCUACAAUUUUUUGUUGGGAAAUUCCCAGUGAGCUAUUAGAACGUACAGCUGUUUCAUUCGUGACUUUUGAAGUUUGUGUUGCUUUCCUUCCUCUGGGGUAAUUCUUUCUUGAGUAAAAGUCAGAGAUAUAAUGCUGGGAAAUUGUUUCUUUUGAAUUUACUCAUAC